AUGACGAGAAAGGUGGAAGGAUUAUCAACCCCUCGAAAUUUUAGCCAAGUUAAAAACUCUUACUCUUUAUCCGCCCGCCUUGGGUUUUCUGGGACCGGGCACGAAACCUUUUUAGAGCCUUUGGCUGAAGCCUUGGCAAAGAAAAAAAUCACGACUGGACUGAUUAUUGGCAAAACUAAUUAUCAAGAAAGAGAAGAACAUAUUCGCCGAUUUCAAAGUGGCGAACUAAGUAUUUUACUCUGUAAUAUUCAAAGUGCGGGGAUGGGAUUAAACCUGAGCCAAGCCGAGACCAUUAUUUUUGCUGACCGCAGUUAUUCUCCCGCUGAUAAUGAACAAGCCGAAGCUCGUUUCCUACCCACUACUAAUGCCGAACCUUCCCAAGUCCGGUUAGUAAUCGACCUUAUUUGCCAAGGAACUAUUGAUGAAAAAAUACUUCAAUUAUUAAAAAGAAAAGGAGAUAUAAUUAAGGUUCUAAAUGAUAAUCCGGGGUAUUUUUUUAACAGUGCAGCCACUAGUUUAAAGCCCAGAACUGUUAUUCAAGCCAUCAACAAUUAUUAUGAAAAAUACUCUAUUAAUAGCCACAGUGAGGGUAAUAAUACUUUAUCUAAUGAGGUUCGAAAUACUAUCCACCAAACUCGCCACCUAAUCGCUCAAAAAAUUAAUGCUCAGCCUGAGGAAAUUACUUUUUUACCCUCAACUACUUAUUCUUUGAAUAUUUUAGCUUUAUCCUUAAAAAACUACUUAGAAAAAGGGGACAAAAUUGCCCUAACUCAUUUAGAACAUAGUUCGAAUUGUUAUCCUUGA